UGAUCGUCAAUAAGCUCGACCCUUCCCACUACGUGUCCAUUCCUUCGCACUCAUCUUUUCGCUUUUUCGCACAGAUUUUAACCAUAUAACGAAACGAAUAGGACUCUUUAAGAUAGAGGCCUGAGAAAACACAUGAUGGCUUCAUUGCUUACUCUUCCAUUGGAACUCCUGAGGCAGAUCGUACAAGAAACGAUCCCGGCGGAUUUUGAAGCUACAGCUCUGUCUUGCAAAACUCUGUUUGCUGCCAGCACCCCAUUCCAAGCAAAGUAUGCCACCCGACGGAAACAGUUUCGAAACUUUGCAUUUUCGCGAAAAAUUGAAAGAAAAGACGAAGAAGUGGCAGAUGAAACCGACUUGGGUGAAGAAGAUUGGGAUGAAAUCACCCAAGAAACAGGUAUCCGGAUCAGGACCACGCGGGAUUUAUUGGAACAGAUCGCUCUGGAUCACUCUGUGGCGCAAUAUAUCCAAUCCAUUGACUUGAGAGGUGGUGGAGCUGAAGCGGAAUCGGAUGAGGAAGAUGAAGAGAUAUUAGACUCCCUGCAAGUCGAGGUACCUGAGACUCUCAAGGACUUGGUGCGGACGUCGCCCUUUAUCGAAGCCGUUGGGGGCGAUCCCGAGGACUGGAUUGGACAAAUCCAACAUUGCGCAGUCGAUGCGGAUAUCUUUCUCCUGACCUUGCUACCACAAGUGCGCAAAGUGGCUUUACACCCACGCUGGGAUAGACUAUGGCGUUCUAGUAGUGAGGCCAACGAUGAACGUCGGUGGCAGGUCCUCAAGCUGAUUACGCACCGGGCGAAUCACUCUGAGGAAUUUCCCGAUGCGCCGUUAUCCAAGCUCUCCGUGGUGCAGCCAUCCCGGGACAUCGGGUACGAAGAAAAGUCCCCAUUGACACCAUUCGUCCCAUUGCUGGCAAUCAAUUCCGUCUCCGAAGUCUCCCUGAGCAGCUGCGUCUUCAAGGAUGACGGGUACACUGGAAUCGCCUUUGACCCGUUGGUAGAAAACUACAGCACCAACUUGCGGAAACUGAGUAUAACGUCCUCUGUCGCCGGUCCGGAGGAGCUAUCCCAGCUCCUCUCGCGAAUCCCAAACUUGGAGAUAUUCGACUACUCCCAUGAAACCAAGUGGCAUGGCUGCGGCCAUGUCUGGAACAUUGGUGCAUUUUUGGAUACGGUGCUGGAUACCUGCGCAGAGAAACUCAAGGAGUUGUCAGUGACAGUAGUCAGUAAUUACGGUGGUUUGGGACCAACACUGGUGGAUAUGACUCGGUUUCAGAAACUGACUGUGCUCGAUAUGGACGUCGAAAUGCUGUGCGGCCCCCAAUAUGAUCCGUCGAUGAGAUUUUUGGAUUUCGAUGAUGACUUGGUUGGCGAUCCAGCCUGGCCUAAACUGGUUGAUAUUUUGCCAGCGUCCAUUGAAAGGUUCAGCUUGUAUCUCACCUCAUUUAGUGGUGAUCAUAUCAAGUGCAUCACUCAUCUAAUUGAGGGUCUUUCAGAUAAUCGGGCCACAAAGCUACCCCGUUUAGACAAGUUGAGCCUUUUUGUGUGUAUGGAGCCAUGCCCGAAGAUUCCGGACAUGGCGCUUAAAGCUUUAAAUGCUGCGAAGAGAAGUGGUUUUUCAAUUAUGAAGAACGCAUCCACUCCUCUUUUGUAAAUAUCCAUGGAUAGUAACUCAUUUCAGUGAAAGCUUAGGUUGAUGUAGAGAAAAUACUUCAUAGAUCAUCUCAGCUACCAGGUAUCUAAUGCUCAAUCUUUCAAUGGUUACAAUUUACCUAUACAACAUUCGGUCAUCACACAUCUCUCAAAUCUCACUCAAGCCUGCUUGUUAGGGUUUUUAAAAUGUCUCUUCAAAGGACGCCAGCUAUGCUCGUUGUACUCUUCCUGAACCUUCUGGCAGGUUUUGAGACCCCAUUCGGACACACCAACCAUGAGUGAACUGCGUAGGUUAGUAAGUAGCUUUACAGGAUAAG